AUGUCCCAGCAAAAUUACCAACAAAAUUUUUCUUGAUGCACCACCGUCUUUCCCUUUCCACGUGGCGCUCAAAAGCUCGGUUCUUUUCACACUACCCUCGUUUCCUCUGCAUUCCUCCAAAACUCCGUCACUCAGUCGAUUCAACUUCGCCGCCGGCGAACGAUCUCUCCCGCCUCUUACAAGGCCGCAUCCCACGCGCUCACCUCCUCCAACUCCACGCUCGAAUUUUCCGGCUCAAUGCGCACCAGAGCAACCUCAUCGCCACUCGUCUCAUCGGCCACUACCAUUCGAAUUUCGCGCUCAGGGUCUUCCGUUUAUUGCGGCAGCCUAAUAUCUUCCCGUUCAACGCAAUCAUCAGAGUGUUGGCUGAAGAGGGAUCGCCGCUGAGAGCGAUUUCUAUUUUCAAGGAGCUGAAGUUUCGGCCGCUUCUGCCCAACGAAUUGACGUUCUCUUUUCUCCUCAAGGCGUGUUCUAGAGAUGGCGUCGGUGUGGAUUGCGUGCGCCAAGUGCACUGCCAUGUCCUGAAAUCGGGUUUCAGUUCUGAUUCUUUUGUUUGCAAUGGCUUGCUUAUGGUUUAUGCCAAGGUGGUUAAGGAUUUGAGGUCAGCACGCCAGGUGUUUGAUGAUAUGCCUGACAGAAAUUUGGUUUGUUGUUGGACGUCUUUGAUUUCUGGAUAUGCUAAACUCGGAUCAUCCGAAGACGCCCUCAAUCUAUUUACGAUGAUGCUCGACGAAAAUCUGCUGCCUGAAAGUGAUACCAUGGUUAGUGUUUUAUCUGCGUGUUCAAGACUUACUCCCCCACACCUUGAGAAAUGGGUGAAACUAAUGACACAUAUGCUAAAAGAAUGCAAUAAUUUAGCUUCUGAUUAUGUUAAUAUCGUGCUCGUUUAUUUAUACGGAAAAUGCCGAAAGGUGGAGCAGAGUAGGGCGAAUUUUUAUGAGAUUUCUGAUAAAGGUAAAAGAAGCAUUCUUUCUUGGAAUACUAUGAUAGGUACUUACGUUCAAAACGGCUGCCCUUUGGAGGCUUUAACUGUUUUCAAAUCAAUGAUGGAGAACUACGAUUGUUGUCCUAACCACGUCACUAUGGUGAGCAUCCUCUCAGCUUGUGCUGAAAUCGGAGACUUAGACCUCGGAAUUUGGGUUCACAACUACAUGCGAACAAGUGGGAAAAAACAUGUACUAUCAUCCAACGUAAAUCUCGCUACUGCAUUGAUAGAUAUGUACUCGAAAUGCGGGAAUUUGGAUGUCGCGAGAGAAGUUUUCGCCCAAAUAGUCGAAAAAGACGUAGUUUCGUUCAAUGCCAUGAUCAUAGGUCUUGCUGUAAACGGCAAAGGAGAUGAAGCUUUGACACUCUUCUCCGAAAUGCAAGAGCUUCGUUUGCUUCCAGAUUCCGGAACUUUCCUCGGUGCCUUAUCCGCGUGUAGUCACUCGGGGCUAUUAGAUAAAGGGCGUGAAAUUUUCGACGAAAUGACUCGAAAAGAUUCUCUAAUUUCGCCCAAGCUGGAGCACUAUUCUUGCUAUAUCGAUCUUUUAGCUCGGUCGGGUUAUAUAGAAGAAGCUCUCGGUGUCGUUAGUUGCAUGCCUUUUGAGGCUAAUAAAUUUGUUUGGGGGGCAAUUCUUGCCGGGUCGGUGUUGCACAACAGGUUAGAAAUAGCUCGAAAUGUUUCUUCGAUGCUUGUUGGGGUUGAUCCCGAGAAUUCCGGUGGUUAUGUUAUGCUUUCGAAUUCGUUUGCUUCGGAUCUUGAGUGGCGUAGUGUGUCGAAAUUGAGGGUGGUUAUGAGGGAGAAGGGGGUCGUUAAGGAAAGGGGCCGGAGUUGGAUUACUAUUGGCGGUGUUGUGCAUGAAUUUCUUGCUGGAUCUGCUUUGCAUGAUCAAAAUAGAAGUUUUUAUCAGGUAAUGGAAUCACUUUUUCGAGAAAUGCGAGUGUCUAGUUCAUAGAUGAUUGUACCCUUUUAUUUUUCCUUUUUUUUUGAAAUAUAUUUAUUUAUAAAUUUAUGAGUAAAAAGCAG